AUGUUUAUAUAUCUUAUUAUUUCCAGUAACGGGCCGGUGGAAGGCGCCUACGGUCAGCAGCACAGCCCCGUGUCGCGAUCGGACGCCUCCACCGAGGACGCGGAGCUGUCCGCUGCGCUUGCGCAUCAGCACCAUCUCGCUAUGCAGGCGGGCGAGUACCCAGUGGGUGGUGGCGUAGAAGCGGAAUACAGUCAAUAUGUGUCAUCACCCGCUGCGCAUUACAAUCACAUGGGACACCUUACUAUGGCGCCCUCACAGAAGUACCCACACGUUAUGGAAGCAGUGUCAGUUGGCAGUGGCUAUGGUGGUGUCGGUGGCGGCGCGAGCGCAGGCCACUACGGCACAUACGCGCAUUACGGCGCUGCCUAUCCUGCACAGCCCUACCUCGUUGACCCCCAAAUGCCGGCUUACAUGACUCAGGAGUACGUAGAAGGUGGUGGUAGUGCAUCUCCCCGAAGCGCAUCUCCGGGUGCCCUUCCUCCUCAGCACAAUUUACAUCUGCAACAAAGGUACGAUUCAUCGUCGCUAGAGCAGUUAGGCCGCCAUUACUGUGUGACGUCACCGCGAAACGAGUACGCAGCCGAUGCGUAUACGUACCAACAUUACCAGCCCGCUAUUGACCCUCAACAUCACACGGCACAGCCAUUUAAGGAUUCACAAAACGGCUUAAGCUUAGGAAGUACUGGAGGACAGUCCUUGUAUGGAGACGAAGAGGAAUUACAGAAACAAAUGGCAAAUAUGGCUUUAGUCCAUGGCGGAGUGGGUCGCGAAGAGGGUGGAGGUCUGCAAUGGAGAGACCCCAAUUUGCCAGAGGUCAUCGGGUUCCUCAAUUCGCCGUCAGAUGUCGUUAAAGCUAAUGCCGCUGCCUACCUGCAACAUCUCACUUAUAUGGACGAUCCUAAUAAACAGAAAACUAGGAGCUUAGGUGGAAUACCUCCCCUAGUGCGACUAGUGACACAUGAGAAUCCCGAGGUAUCGCGAAACGCGUGUGGUGCGCUUCGUAAUCUCUCUUACGGGAGACAGAACGAUGAGAACAAAAGGGCCAUACGUGACGCAGGAGGAAUUCCUUCUCUUAUGGCUCUGCUUUGUAGGACUUCGGAUAUGGAGGUUAAAGAGUUAGUGACGGGCGUAAUUUGGAACAUGUCCUCGUGUGAAGAUCUAAAACAGUCCAUAAUAGAUGACGCAGCUCAAGUUAUAUUUAAUAAAGUUAUCAUUCUGCAUUCUGGUUGGCAUCCCACGAACCCUGGUGAAACGUAUUGGUCUACUAUAUUCCGUAACGCGUCCGGUACGCUCCGCAACGCAUCGUCAGCGGGCGAGUACGCACGGCGACGACUGCGUUCGUUGCCCGGUCUAGCCGAAGCUUUGCUACACACAGUGCGUACGGCCCUCAACGUCAAUGCCAUCGGUACUAAGGUUGUUGAAAACUGCGUUUGUGUCCUGCGAAAUUUGUCUUAUCGAUGUCAAGAAAUAGAAGACCCGUUGUACGACACUCGCGCGCCACCCACACAGAGUACGGGACAGGCGCGGAUACAAGCUAGUGCAUCAAAAGGAGAGAAUCUAGGCUGUUUUGGUGGUAGCAAGAAGAAGAAAGAGGGUUCUUCUUCGAACUCCACCAGCCCAUUGGGCAAGAACGAUGCGGAUUCACAGCCAUUGGAGACAGGGAACUCUUUGGGUUAUACUGUUCCAAAGGGUACAGAAAUGUUGUGGUCACCUGAGGUGGUUCCACUAUACAUGGCACUACUCCAGACGUGUUCUAACCCCGAAACUCUCGAAGCGGCGGCCGGCGCUUUACAGAACUUGGCAGCUUGUUACUGGCAACCAUCUAUUGACAUUAGGGCUGCGGUUAGAAAGGAGAAAGGUCUACCAAUCCUAGUAGAACUACUCCGUAUGGAAGUAGAUCGCGUUGUUUGCGCUGUUGCGACCGCACUGCGGAAUCUGGCCAUCGACCAAAGGAAUAAGGAGUUGAUUGGGAAAUAUGCAAUGCGAGAUCUCGUGCAGAAGUUGCCUAGUGGGAACCAGCAACAUGAUCAGGGUACCUCCGACGACACGAUAGCAGCAGUGUUAGCUACCCUCAACGAGGUGAUAAAGAAGAGCGCAGAGUUCUCGCGUUCUCUUCUUGAAGCGGGUGGAGUUGAGCGGCUGCUGAACCUCACUAAGCAGCGGCACAGACAUACGCCUAGGGUGCUUAAGUUUGCGGGCCAAGUACUGAUGACAAUGUGGUCUCACGCGGAGUUACGUGAGGUAUACCGUAAACACGGUUGGCGUGAAGCCGAUUUCCUUACUCCGGCUCGGGCCGCUCAACCAACGAGGAAUUCCAGUACUAGCGGUCAAGGCACGCCGUCGUCAGGCACAGCGGGGGCGCCACAUUCGCCUAGCAACGCUAACAGCACGCUCAGUCGGCCUAUGGCUUCCACGGGGGGCACACGUUACGAGGACCGCACGAUACGCAGGCAUCGAGAGAACGAGGAUAUGCCUCCAAUGGACGCGAAUAAUUAUGCAGAUGGACUAGGAAUGGGAAACCCAAACGGUCGGCCGAUGAAUCUUCAAGGUGUUCAGGCACAGAUGCCCCCUCCUAGCACACGUUGA